CCCGCCCCCGCCCCUUUGCCCCCGGCCCCCCCCAGCCGCCGGUUCCCCGCCGCCGCCGCCAUUAGAGGGGCCGCUUUGUGUCCGCCGGGCCCGCUGGUUGGCUUCCUCACUGCACUGGGAAAACCAUUAGGAAAAAGUCCUUGGGGUUAAAAACCUGGGGCUCCAACCCUAUUACCUGCACUUGGGGCUAGACAUUAAUUUAAAUGGCGACUGAUCUGUCUGAAGCUGAACCCGUGCAUCAUAAGGCGCUUCCACUCUUAACGGGAGCUCAGCUGAUCCACACGGACAAGUUAAGUGAGAAGGCUGAAGAGGACGCGAUGCCGAUCCGCCGCUCCGUCAACUCCUCCUCCCGGGAAACUCCUCCCAAAAGCAAACCUGCUGAGGGGGAAGAGGUGAAAGCAGGUGCUGCAGAAGCAGAGGUGGUGGAGGACAAGCUGGUCAUCAACAAGGCUGCUUAUGCAGAAGUCUCCUCUGAGGAAUCUGCCUCUGCUGGAGAAGAGCAAGAGAAUGAAACCCUGCCUGCUGCAUCUGCUGAGGCAGAACAGCCAAAGGAACCUGAGAAUGAGGGGAAGGGGGAAACCAAGUCCUCAGAAGAAACCAAAAAGGAUGAGAAGGAUCAGUCCAAGGAAAAGGAGAAGAAGGUGAAGAAGACCAUUCCUUCAUGGGCUACUCUGUCUGCCAGCCAGCUAGCCAGAGCACAGAAGCAAACUCAGAUGGCUGCCACCUCCCGUCCCAAAAUGGAUGCGAUUCUGACUGAGGCCAUCAGGGCCUGCUUCCAGAAGAGCGGCGCCUCGGUCGUGGCCAUACGGAAGUACAUCAUCCACAAAUACCCUUCCCUGGACCUGGAGAGGAGAGGCUACCUGCUGAAGCAAGCACUGAAAAGGGAGCUGGAGAGGGGAAUCAUUAGGCAGGUGAAAGGAAAAGGAGCUUCUGGCAGCUUUGUUGUGGUAUCUAAUGCAGGAAAAACUGUUCCAAAAUCCAGAGACAGAAAGAAAAGCACUUCAGCCUCCCCUGCAGAGCAGCAAGUCAAGCUGGAAGAUGUCCUGCCCCUGGCUUUCACUCGCCUCUGUGAGCCCAAGGAAGCUUCUUACAGCCUGAUCAAGAAAUACGUGUCUCGGUAUUACCCCAAGCUCAAAGUAGAUAUCAGACCCCAGCUGCUGAAGAACGCCCUGCAGAGAGCUGUAGAGAAGGGCCAGUUAGAGCAGAUCACAGGCAAGGGAGCGUCUGGGACAUUCCAGCUGAAGAAGUCAGGGGAGAAGCCCCUGCUGGGUGGGACUGUGAUGGAAGAUGCCAUCCUGUCUGCUAUUGCGGCCAUGAACGAACCGAAGACCUGCUCCACCACAGCGCUGAAGAAGUAUAUCCUGGAAAACCACCCAGGGACCAACUCCAACCUGCAGGUGCACCUACUGAAGAGAACCCUGCAGAAGUGUGAGAAGAAUGGCUGGAUGGAGCAGAUUUCUGGAAAGGGAUUCAGUGGAACCUUUCAGCUUUGCUUCCCUUAUUAUCCCAGCCCAGAUGUGCUCUACCCAGAGAAGCAGCAGGAUGAGGACUCUGAGGAAUCCGAUGAAGACGAAGAGGAGGAAUCUGAGGACGAGGAAGAGGAAUCUGAAGAGGAAGAGUCUGAGGAGGAAGAGCCACCACCAAAGAAGAGGAUGCAGAAGAGGCCACCCCCCAAGGCCCGGAGCAGGGCCCCUCCCAUGAAGCGAAGGGAAUCCAAACCCAAGCCCAGGAAAACCCCCGCAGCCCACCGGGGCAAAGCCAAGCCCCCUCCCAAGGUGAAAACCCCUGCUAAGAAAGCCAAACCAGCAGCCUCAGCCAUCAAGAAGCCUUCUGGGGGCAGCUCUUCCAAAAAGCCAGCAGCCGGCGGGAGGAAGGAGGUUGCCAAGGGCAAGGCCACCAUGAGGAAAUCCCUGCGGGCAAAGAAGUAGAGGAAGAAUCUUUCCCAACCCUCAGGGGGUCCUCCUGGGCAAAAUCCACAGCCUUGUUUUCUAAGUCACCCUGCAUUUGUAUUUUAGUUCUGAUGCUUCAACUCUUCUUUCAUUUCUUUUCUU